AUAACCCAUUUCAUUAUUGUCAGAAUUAAAAGGGUUUUUUUAUUUUUAUUUUUUUUCUUUUCUUUUAAGGUUUUAGCUUCUACCUUUCUAGUCUUUCACUCUUCCAUCUUGCUGCUCUCGCUCAUCUCACCAUCCAGAUCCAGAUCAAAUGGCAGCCAUGGCUCAACUGUGUUUUUCUCCUCUCUCUGGUCACUACCAUGCACUUUCUUUCCCAUCAUCAUCAUCAUCAUCUCAGCUUCAGAAUCGUCCUCUAUAUCUCAUCAACACACCCCAUUUGCCUAAAAGAUUGCAACUUUCCUUCGCCGGAGGCGACGGCGGCGAUGGGGUGGGACGGGGUGGUAGUGGUGGUGGUGGGGGUGAUGAUGGGAAUCAAAAGGAUUCAUCUUUUGGUGUUUUGGGUCUCUUUUUGAAUGGUUGGAGAUCAAGGGUUGCUGCUGAUCCACAGUUUCCUUUCAAGGUUCUGAUGGAGGAGUUGGUGGGUGUGACUGCUUGUGUUCUUGGUGACAUGGCUUCAAGGCCUAAUUUUGGGUUGAAUGAGCUUGACUUUGUUUUUUCAACUCUUGUUGUUGGUGCUAUUCUCAAUUUCACACUCAUGUAUCUAUUGGCACCUACCAUGACAUCAGCAUCAUCCAAUGUACCUGCUCUCUUUGCCUCUUGUCCCAAGAGUCACAUGUUUGAACCUGGUGCUUAUGGCAUUCUGGAACGGUUUGGAACUUUGGUGUAUAAAGGAACUAUUUUUGCUGUUGUUGGAUUUGGUGCUGGGCUAGUUGGGACUGCACUUUCAAAUGGGUUGAUCAAUAUGAGGAAGAAGAUGGAUCCAAACUUUGAGACCCCUAACAAUCCUCCACCUACCAUUUUGAAUGCUCUCACAUGGGCUGGUCACAUGGGAUUUAGCAGCAACCUCAGGUACCAAACUCUCAAUGGUAUUGAGUUCAUGUUGGAGAAAGGGCUUAAUCCCUUUGCAUUCAAGUCCUCAGUGUUGGUUCUUAGAUGCUUGAACAAUGUUCUUGGAGGCAUGUCCUUUGUGAUGUUGGCAAGGUUGACAGGUGCACAAAGUGUUGGGGAACAGAAGCCAUCACAUGUGGAGGUUGGUUUAGCUGCAGAGAAGGAGAAGGUGGUCAUGGAAAGGGAAGAUGAGGAUAUGCAGAAUAAUCAGUCAACAACAUCAAAGUGAUGGCAUCACUUAGUUUGGUUUCUUUAAAGAGAUUUGUCUUUUACUUUGGGAAAGGUUGUUGGGGGAGAGAGAGGUGAGGCUUUUGGUUUUCUGAAUUCUAUUGUUGUUCUACUGUCCUAAGUCAUAACUCUGGCAGCAUCAAAUAAGUAAGAAGGGUAGAUUGAGAUAUGGAAGAUUCUGACAAAAUUUUCUGGCCUUUGGUUCUUGUAUGUUGCUGAAAACUGAUGGCAAAGAAACAUAGGUUUUUGUAAGCCGGCUUGGGGUACCCUGAAACAACAAUAACAUGCCAAAUUAGUCUGGCCAUGGAUUGUCCCCCUCAAAAAUAAAAUAAAAUAAAUAAAUGUUAUGGCUAUGUAGCUGCUUUUAUUUUUGCAUAGUUAGUAAGCUUUUUGUUGUCGUUUUCUAGAGAAAUUAUUGUAAAGUAUCUGACAAAUCCAGUUUGGAGUAUUGGCUAAAUAAAUUCAGG